AUGUCCAAAUUGUUCCAUACCGUCUAUCUACUUAUUAUCUUCUCAGCGUGUUUGACCCCUCUGAAUAACGCAAACUCGUGCCGUUCAUACUGCGGAAACAUAACCAUAGACUACCCGUUCGCUCUCCAACACGGUUGUGGCCACCCGGGUUUCCGGGACCUUCUCUUCUGCAUCAACGACGUUCUCAUGCUCCAUAUAUCAUCCGGCUCCUACAAGGUCCUCAACAUCGACUACGCUUACCAGGCUCUCACUCUUCACGACCCACACAUCUCAACCUGUGACACCAUUGUCCUUGGCAACAAGGGAAAUGGCUUCGCCCUCGAACCAUGGCGCGCACCUUACAUGAACCCUGCACCAGACAACGUCUUCAUGCUCAUUGGUUGUUCUCCCCGAUCACCAUUGUUCCAAGGUUUCCCGGGAAAGCACUUGCCAUGCCGAAACGUUUCAGGGAUGAGCUGCGAAGAGUAUUACGGGUGCCCGGCGUGGGAUAGUUUGGGCCACAAUAAGUGGGCCCGAGAGGAGUUCUUUGGGUCAGGCCCACCGGAGUGCUGUGCAGUGCCGUACGAGACAAUCAAGGGGAUCAAUUUGACAAAGCUGGAGUGUGAAGGGUACAGCAGUGCUUAUAGUGUGGCACCAUUGAGGGUUGAUGGGCCUAGCGAGUGGUCCUAUGGGAUCAGAGUGACGUAUUCGCUGCAAGGGAAUGAUGAGUUCUGUGGGGCCUGUGAGGCUACGGGUGGGACCUGUGGCUACGGUGAGGAUGCGAUUAGGCAGGUUUGUAUGUGUGGGAAAGUUAAUUCAUCCUCCAAUUGCGAUUCAGUUGGCUUGUCAUCGGGAACAAGGCCUAUGGCGAUGAAAGUGUCGGCAGUGGCAGGAUUGUUGACGUACAUGCUGCUAUGGAUAACAAUAAACCAGAUUUAAUUUGAAAAGCAUGGUAAUUAAGCACGCGAGACUAUCAUUAUAUGAUAAUGACUGAUAUAUUCCAUUCCUUAUUGUAAAUGCCAACUUUUGUUCAAGAACAUGUAUGUCCAUACAAUGAUACAAAUACAAUGUAAUGAGAGAGACU